GUAAGUUGUUUGUGUAUCUGCACAUAUUUAAAUUUUUUUUACUUUACAGGAAAUCAAGGCAUUUCAGUCAGAUGAAUAUCUACUGUUAAUUGAGGAAAAGGAGGCCCUCGCUUUAAAAGAAAAAGACAAAUCUCUCUAUGUAUGUGAUCCUUUCAGUGGUGCUGCCUUUAACCAUCUAAAAAAGCUCGGUUUGUAGAAUUGUUGGACCCCAGGUUGUAAUAUUCUGCAUGAAGCAUCAGAGAUGUGUUCCACGAGCAGAGCAUCCUGUCUUCAAUAUGGCAAUGGCAGAUGUCACAGUUUCGUGCACAAGCCUUGAUAAAGAAACCAGGGAAGAGGUUCAUUUCUAUGUUCAGAUAAUGUUGGGUGGAUGUGUCUACCGAGAUCUUAAUGUUUCAGUCAGCCAUCUGAUUGCUGGUGAAGUGGGCAGCAAGAAAUACCUUGUGGCAGCCAGUCUUAAGAAACCCAUUCUUUUCCCUACAUGGGUGAAGGCCCUGUGGGAUAAGUCACAGCAGAGGAUAAUUAGCUACAAAGAUAUAGACUUGGAGCCAUAUUUAUGUCCAAUUUUCCUUGGUUGCACCAUAUGUGUAACUGGGUUAAGCAGUCUGGAUAGGAAAGAGGUUCAGAGGCUGACCUCUUUACAUGGAGGACAGUAUACAGGACAGCUGAAGAUGAAUGAGUCCACACAUCUUAUUGUGCAAGAGGCAAAAGGUCAAAAAUAUGAAUGUGCAAGAAAAUGGAAUGUGCAUUGUGUUUCCAUUCAGUGGUUUUUUGACAGCAUUGAGAAAGGUUUCUGUCAGGAUGAAAGUAUGUACAAGACUGAACCUGUACCAUCAGAAAAAAUCAUGCCAGAGACAUCUACUCCAACAGGAAAUAGUUAUAAACCUGAUAAUCGGGCACUUUCUGAUGUCAGCCACAUAUCUAAUAUAAGUACUAGUUGUUGUGUUAAUGAAUCUGCCUUUAAUUCUGUGAUGAGUACCAGGCUGGAACCUCCAAAUGACACUCUAGAGAACUUAGAUCUGAGUUCCGUACAGGCCCCUGAAGAUCUCCUAGAUGGCUGCAGGAUAUAUGUGUGUGGCUUUGGGGGAAGAAAACUGGAUAAGCUGAGGAAACUCAUUAACUGUGGAGGAGGAGUGCGCUUUAAUCAGCUCACUGGUGAUGUGACUCAUGUUAUCGUUGGUGAAAAUGAUGAGGAUCUAAAGCAGUUCUUGAACAAGACAGACCACAGGCCUUAUGUACUAACAGUAAAAUGGCUACUAGACAGUUUUUCAAAGGGUGCCUUGCAGCCUGAGGACAUAUAUUCCCACUCUUGUUAUAAGCCAGCUGAAAUCCAGGCCACUGCUCAACAACCAGUUCUCAGUACAUCUUUUCGCAAGGCAAACAGUGCCACUACAAAUGUUCGAAAAUCAGCCAACCUCACACGAAUGCAUCAAGCUGAUGAAGACCUGCUAUCUCAGUAUGCAGAAAAUGAUUCCACAUUUGUCGGACCAGGGAAUCCUGAGCUGACCAAACAAAGCAGCUUCUCUCAAAUGACUGCGCAGGAUAACAUGUCAUCUUUUCCAAGCCAGAGUGGCUUGGGGGAAACUUCCACUAUAAUUGAAGGUGGAUUGUUUAGCAGGAAGUCUUUUCUGGUGUUGGGCUUUGUUGAAGAAGAUGAAGCUUGUCUCAUAGAGAUCGUUAAAAAGAAUGCCGGUAAAGUGCUCUCCACUCAUAAGAGAGCCAUUGCUGAUUAUGCUGUGGUACCUCUACUGGGCUGUGAGGUGGAGGCUACUGUUGGAGAAGUGGUCACCAAUGCUUGGUUGGGAAUGUGUAUAGAACAAGAAGAGCUUUUGGAUCCUCAGUCUAAUGAUCUUUUCACACCAGUGACCUAUCUAGAAGGUAGCACACCACUGAAUGACUGUGUCCUCUCUGUCAGUCAAUUUAUGGGAGCCGAAAGGGAUUCAUUGGUCUACCUAGCAGGUCUUCUUGGAGCCAAAGUCCAAGAAUUUUUUGUAAGAAAGGCCAAUCCGAAAAAAGGAAUGUAUGCCAGCACUCAUCUUGUACUUCGAGAGCCUGAGGGCUCCAAAUAUGAAGCCGCUAAGAAGUGGAAUUUACCUGCUGUGACUAUGGCCUGGCUCUUACUGUGUGCCAGAACUGGGAAGAGAGCAGAUGAGAACCAAUAUCUUGUGGAGAACACUAGUGUUGAUGAUAAAGAAGAGAGUUUUGUAAGUCACACAUAUAGGCCAGUAGUAGCAAGACCAUCAUUGGAUACACCGUCCCGUCCCAUGGCUAAUUGUCCAGAAGCCCUGAAGAAAUCUGCAGUGACCCCAUUAGAUAUGAAUCGAUUCCAGAGCAAAGCAUUCCAGUCUGUACUUUCAAGGCACAGCAAAAAGAUUCCAACACCUGGUGUUGAAACUAAAUUACCACAGAGGGAGCCUUCUCUUCAUCUUGACACACCUUCAAAAUUUUUAUGCAGAGAUAAACUUUUCAAGCCAACGUUUGAUGUUAAGGAUGCUCUGGCAGCUUUGGAAACUCCGGGUGGUCCCAAACAGAAGAAGCAAAAUGCAGAGCACCCCUUUGUCAGAAGUGAUUGGCAGAAACUUGCAAUUGGCACUUGCAAACAGUAACCGCCAAACUGCAGCAAUUACAGCUAGUCCUCAGUUGAAAAUGGUUGAGCAAAAAACAACAAAUGAGGAACCCAAAAUUCUCAGCGAUGUCAUUAUUUGUGUGAGCAAGAAGCUUAGUAAAAAGCAAGGGGAACUGAACGCAGUAGCUGCUUCACUUGGAGCCGAGUACAGAUGGUGCUAUGAUGAAACCGUAACACACUUCAUUUAUCAAGGAAGACAAAAUGACACCAAUCGAGAGUUCAAGUCUGUAAAAGAAAGAAAUGGCAUUCACAUUGUAUCUGAGCACUGGCUCCUGGCUUGUGCAGAAGAACAGAGGCGUGUUCCUGAAUCUCUCUAUCCUCACACCUACAAUCCAAAAAUGAGCUUGGAUAUCAGCACUGUUUUAGAUGUACCCCACAGCAGCAAUAAACGUUCUACAACCUUAAGAGAUGAGAUUAAUGGUGAACAAGAUGAUGAGCAACCUGAAAUGGCUAAAAUUUCCCCUAAUACGACACACAACGCUGACAAAGCUCAGAAUGCUUCAAGUGAUGCUAAAGGAGUUCUCACACAGACAUUGGAGAUGAGGGAAAAUUUCCAGCGACAGUUACAAGAGCUGAUGUCUGCAACAUCUAUGGUGAAAGCUCAAGGGAAUAGAUCAGUAUUGAGCAGAGCAGGGUUUGAUACGUCCCCUUGUACUCCCGAAGGUGCUCGUACAACACGUAAUGGCAGGAGCAGAGUAUUGGAAGCACGAAGAAAUUCUCGCCAGACCUUAACAGAUUUGAAUACAGAACCAUCACAAAAUGAGCAAAUUAUUUGGGAUGACCCAACUGCAAGGGAAGAGAGGGCCAAGCUGGCCAGUAACUUACAGUGGCCUAACAGUCCCUCCCAGUGCACAGAACCUUUGCUGCCUCAGAAAGGUCAUGUUACUGACCAAUCUCAGUUUAAAGAAUCUUUAACAGAUACAGAGAUAGCUGAAAUGGAGGCAUGUGAGCUAGAGCAUACUUCAGCCAAAGAAGCCUCCAAAAAAGGACUGGAUCUCCAAUCUCCAGUUAAAGAGGACCCUCUGAUCCCCACCCCACAGGCUCCAAGCAUUGCAUUUCCACUUGCCAAUCCUCCUGUAGCUCCUCAGCCCAAGGAAAUGUGUCAGAAGCUAGCGGUGGAAGAGGAUGAUAAAAAAGAAAGGAGAUUCCAGCUUUCUUCCUUAAAUCCUCAGGAAAGAAUUGACUACUCUCAGCUGAUUGAGGAGCUAGGUGGAAUAGUAAUAGAUAAGCAGUGCUUUGAUCCAAGCUGUACUCACAUUAUUGUUGGCCAUCCUCUUCGCAAUGAGAAAUAUCUUGCUUCAAUGGCUGCAGGAAAGUGGGUGCUUCAUAGAUCUUAUUUGGAGGCCUGCCGAGCUGCAAAACGUUUCAUUCAGGAAGAUGAUUAUGAGUGGGGAAGCAACUCAAUACUAAAUGCUAUCAGUAGUAUCACCCCCCAGCAGAGGUUGCUGGCAGAGGCAGCAAUGCGAUGGAGGAAGAAGCUGCAGAGGGUAAAUCAAGAGAGUGAAACAAUGGAGGUAUCUGUUUGGAUGGAAAGUUAUGUUUGCAGCUUGGACGCUAAGUGAUUUGAUCUUCAAGCGUCUACUACAAUCAGGGGGAGCAAAGGUUUUCGUUGGCCACUCCUCCUCUCUGUUUAAAGAGACAACACAUCUGUUUGCAGACUUUGGUAAACUGAAACCAGAAGACGCCAGAGUCAGUGUAGCAGAGGCUGCAGCACAAGGAGUGAAAUGUUUAAAACCAGAGUACAUUGCGGAUUACCUCAUGAAGGACCCACCACCUCCUGCCAACAAUUACUGCCUUCCUGAUGCAGUCUCCUCUCUUCAGGUGACAGGGAAUUCUAGAAAGAGGAAAAACUCUGGGGACACCACAGAUGUUAAACGGCCCAAAUUGUAUUAA